AGGCAGGUGGCAGGCAGGUGGACAGUGGCCGCAGUGGCAGAAACACAGAGGCUGUAAGAUGGGAGGCAAGUGCCAACUACAAGCCACCGUGGUCCUGCUGCUGUUUCUGCAGAGCACACAGUGCAUCUUCAUCAAGUACCAUGGCUUUCAAGUCCAGCUGGAAUCAGUGAAGAGGCUGAGCGAGCUGGAGGGGCAGCAGGUGUCCAGCCCCCUCCUGCAGGCCAAGAGUCUUCUGCCCACUGUGUGCCACAACCCAGCCCUGCCCCUGGAUCUCCAGCCUGUCUGUGCCUCCCAGGAAGCUGCCAGCAUCUUCAAGGCCUUGAAGACCAUUGCCAACACUGAUGAAUGUGAGCUGUGUGCAAACAUCGCCUGUACCGGCUGUGGCUGAGAUGGCCCUGGGUGUCUUGAGCUCACCUGACACCUCCCCCGACUCCAGCCCACCUCAUCCAUACUUAGGCAGCAUCACGGUCGUCACCACCCUUCCAGGGCGACAGGAUCCAGGACAGGGCAAUGGAACACAAGGCUGGCACGUUUGGCCACCAAGCAGCUUCUCCUAAAUAAAGAUGCUACCCACGGAA